AUGCCGCAGUCGACGAAAGGCAAGGCCAAGAAGCCACCAGGCCCCUGGGGCGACCUGCAACCGGACGUGCUUGAGAACGUUGCCAGCCUGCUGUCCCAGCGCGACAGGUUCAAGCUUAAUCUGGUGUGCGCCGGCUGGCGCGAUGGCCUGGCCAAUGCGGGGGCAGCAUGGGCGGAGGUGACUGUAGACCCUCGCAGGAAAGCCUCCACAAGCAGGCGCAUCCGGUUCAACAAGCAGCUGCCCACCCCCGAGGCGAUGGACGCCUGGUUUCAGCGGUACGGCCGCCACGUACGCCAGCUGCACCUGCGCCACCUGGACGCCGCCGCCCAGCAGGAGGGCUGCGUGGGCGUGGCAGAGGUGGCGGCGCUGCUGCGCGCCGUGGCCGGCGGUUUGCGGCAGCUCUGCUUCCACCAGUGUACCAUGCAGGCUCUGCUGGCGCAGCACGCCGCCGACCUGCGCGGCCUGCUGCGCCUCACCAGCCUGCACUUCCAGCUGCCCCCUGGGGAGGGCCUGUCGCUGGGCACGCCAGAGGCCGCCUUCAUCACCUGCCUCACCGGGCUGCAAGACCUGGGGCUGGCCACGGGCUACGGGGGCCAGGCCCACGCGCUGCCCGCCAGCCUGGCGGCGCUGCCGUCCCUGCGCUCGCUGCAGCUGGCACGGCUGGCGCCCCCUGGAGAGCCCGCGGGCGUGUGGGCGACCCCAGGCUCGCUCUUCUGCAUGCGGGUGGCCUCCUGCCUGGCCUCCCUCACCGCCCUUGAGUCGCUGGCGAUCCGAGACUUCUUCCUGCAGGGAGAGGAGCGGCAGGAGGCGCCAGCCAGCUGGCUGCCGCGGGCGCUGCUGGAGCUGCCCCGCCUCUCCAGCCUUCACCUGUCUGAUGUGGGGCUCGGCCGGGCGCCGCCGCCCCCGCGCAUGCACCCCACCCUGGCCACCGGUAUCUACCCGCUGCCGCCAGGGCUGGCAGCGCUGGCUGGGCGGCUGCGGGAGGUGGUGCUGCUGGAGCACACCUGCGCCCCUGAUGAGCUGGCAGUACUGUCGACGCUCACGGGCCUCACCGGACUGUGCCUGUCUUCCAAGCACCGCCGGGUGGUGGCCAGCACGGUCCCCGACUCGCUCUCUCACCUCACCGGCCUCGCCCACCUGCGCAUCUCACACGGCCUCACCCAGGUGCCGCCCUGCAUCACGGGCCUGACCUGCCUCACCUACCUGGACCUCAGCUGGAACAAGCUGCGCUCGCUCAAGCCUGGGCCCUACCUGAAACGCCUGGUGGCCGUCAACCUGCGGGCCAACGCCUUCACCCACUUCCCCCAGCAGCUCAGGGUGGCGCGCCACACAGCGCAGGAGCUGCAGCUGCCCCAGAAUGAUUCCAUGGAAAUAUCGGAGAGGGAUGUGGAGCAGCUGCUGACGUUUGAGCAGCUGCGGGUGCUGGUGCUGUUUGGGGCCUGCGAGGAGAAGGGCACGCGGCGCAACCUGGCGGCGCUGCAGAAGGCGAUGCCCUGGCUGCUGAUUGACGUGUGA